AGCUGGAAUGCUCCUCAGUUGGGUGCCCAGUGGGAUUUCUGCGAGGGGAGUUUGCCACAUUCUAGGCCAGGAUUUUUGUAUGUUUCACUAGGAGAGAAGCACACCACUGCUUCCUCCACAUCUGGUCAACCAUGAGCACUAAAGCCGCAUCACAUAUUUUUCCUAUUAAAAGGUUCUCAUCAUGUCCAAGUCAGCAUCUCCUAAGUCAGCGUCUCCUAAGUCAGAGUCUCCCAAGGAGCCAGAGCAGCUGUGCAAGCUCUUCAUCAGAGGGCUGGGCCUCAGCACCACCAAGGAGAGUCUUAGAAGGCACUUUGAGCAGUGGGGAACACUCACCGACUGUGUGGUGAUAAGAGAUCCAAACACCAAGCGCUCCAGGGGCUUUGGGUUCGUCACUUAUGCCAGCGUGGAGGAGGUGGAGGCAGCCAUGAAGGCCAGGCCACACCAGGUAGAUGGCAGAGUGGUGCUAACCAAGAGAGCUGUAUCCAGGGAAGACUCCCAAAGACCGGGUGCCUACCUCACUGUGAAGAAGAUCUUUGUCGGUGGCAUUAAAGAUACUGACGAACAUCACCUACGAGGUCAUUUUGAACAAUAUGGAGAAAUCGAAGUCAUUGAAAUCAUGACUGACCGAAACACUGGAAAGAAAAGGGGCUUCGCUUUUGUAACCUUUGUUGACUAUGAUUCUGCAGACAAGGCUGUGAUUCACAGAUACCAGACUAUCAACGGCUACAGGUGUGAGGUGAACAAAGCCCUGUCCAGGCAGAAGAUGGCUAAUGCUUCAUCUAGCCCAAGAGGUCCACAUGAUGCUGGAAAUUUUGGUGGUGGUCGUCGAGGUGGUUUUGGUGGCUCUGUCAGUUGUGGUCGAGGAGGAAACCGCAGUGUUCCAGGUUCCUUUGAUGGCACAGGGAUUCACUACACUGAAAUUGGUAAUGGAAGACAUUUUCAAGUGGGCGGAAGCUACACUGGUUUUGUCAGUUACCACAGCCAACCUUCACACUAUGAGCUCAUGAAGAGAGGAGCAUCUGGAGGCAGAAGCUCCGCACCCUGUGUUGGCAGAGGCCAAUAUUUUACCAAACCACGAAAUCAAGGUGGCAAUGGUAGCUCCAGCAAUAACAAGAGCGUUAGCAGAGGCAGAAGGUGUUAAAUACUGCUGGCAGCAAAGCUCAGCAGAAGAGAGCUUGAGAAGUGAGAGAGAAGCCACAGCUUACAACAGACAGCUGAACUCGACCAGGCAUAGUGGUGGCAGAGCCUUGCUGCUAAGAAGACAUGUUGUAGACAAGGCUCAUGAGUAUGGACAGGACACUCACGAUAUGACUAUCUGCAGAACAGGUUAUUUUAGUUUCUGCUCUGGAAAGUGUAAAGCAUUCCAACAAUGGGUUUCCAUGCAGACUGUUUUCGUACCUGUGUUGUUGAUUGCUACAUGUAACAGUCUUAUCAUGACACUAAAUAAAUGUCUUUAAA